AGGUGGAAGUAAUUAGACUCAGGGGUUUUGAGUUGCAGAGAGCAAGAAAGGAGGAAGACACUCUAGUAGAAGGGAGAAAAAAUGAAGUUGUUCAGUUUGGCAUUGGUUUUGUGCUUCUUCUUCUCUCUCUUCGCCUUCUCUCUCCUCAGGCCGCACUCUUGCCCGGCGCCCAACGUGGGAUCGUUGAAUCUAAAGGUACCCAAGAGGGCUGGGCUCAAUAUGGCGACGAAGGACGUCCAGAUUUCUGAAUCAGGUAGUCCAGCUCAAGAGGAUGAGGAUGACGAAGACGAAGAUAGCAAACCUAUAUGCCAUGUAUCUAACCCAAGAUCAGAGUACUGUGAAAUCUUAGGAGAUAUAAGAAUUCACCCCAACUCAUCCACCCUCUUCUUCAUCACCCCUCCUGCACCUGCCGAAGAAAGAAAAUCAUGGAAGAUCCGACCUUAUGCUCGCAAAGCCGACCCUAUUGCAAUGCAAGCUGUAAAGGAGAUAUCCAUUAAGCGUCGAGACACUGCUGAAGAAACCCCAGAUUGCUCAAUAAACCACACUUCUCCAGCCAUAGUCUUCUCAAUCGGGAGUUACACAGGUAACCUCUUCCAUGACUUCACUGAUGUGCUUGUUCCCCUGUUCUUGACAUCUCGUCACUACCAUGGCCAUGUCCACUUCCUAGUCUCAGACAUUAAACCAUGGUGGAUCAGUAAAUAUAGUGCUAUCCUGUCUCACCUCUCUAACCGUGUUGUUAUCGACUUGGAUCAUGACAAAAGCACACAUUGUUUUCCAAAAGCGCAAGUUGGUCUUGAAUUUCACAAGGAAUUUGGAGCAGAUCCUCAAAUGACCCCAGAGAAAUACUCCAUAAGGGACUUCAUGGCACUACUAAGAGAAGUUUAUUCACUAGGGAGAAAAAAUAUAAGCUCAAACAAAAUCGAGAAGAGAGCGAUGAAUGUUCUUCCAGCCAAGAUUAGCACAAUAUCAAAUGGGUCCCUCAUAAAAAGGAAACCAAGGCUCUUGAUCAUAUACAGGAAAAGGACGAGGAAAUUCCUAAACUUUCCUGAAAUAGUGGAAUUGGCAAAGUCAGUAGGCUACGAUGUGGUAAUCGGGGAUGCCGAGUUCGGUACAAACAUGACUGGGUACGCAGGUUUAGUGAAUUCAUGUGAUGUGAUGAUGGGUGUUCAUGGAGCUGGCCUAACAAACAUGGUUUUUUUACCUUUGGGGGCUGUGGUGAUUCAAAUUAUCCCCCUUGGAGGGCUACAGUGGGUGGGUAGGACUAGCUUUGGGGAACCUGCCCAUGAUAUGAAGUUACACUACAUCGAGUACCAAAUCCAACAAGAGGAGAGCUCACUCAUAGAAGAAUAUCCACAUAACGAUCCCGUAUUGGUCGAUCCUGCUUCCAUACAUAAACAUGAUUGGCUUUCCCUUAGGUCUAUCUACCUUGAAAAACAAAAUGUGAAGCUUGAUUUGGGUAGGUUUAAGAGGGUUUUACAAGAUGCCCUACAUAUUCUUUACGAACAAGAUCGAGGACACAUUUUUGAAAUGUCAGCUAUCCAAUCCAAUUCUUCAUGAGCAUGCAUAUUCAUCAGCCAUAAAACUUUUGGGGAUUAAGCUACUUGUUCUUUGAAGACAUUGGGUCGAUGGGUCGUGCUCCUAGGCCUACAUUCCAGCUUCUCACAAUACUUUAGCCAAAGUGUUCGAUGAAUUCCUAUGAGUCCAAUUCAUUAUGAUUACGAGUGAUGAUGAUUUUUGAGAGGGAGGUUUGUAUGGUGACUGGGUCUUUGCCUCAGACCCUAAAAUUUGAGUAGUGCUUGGGUGGGUUGGUGAAGUACAAAUGUUGCAUUUGUUGGUUUAUUUUUUAGUAGGUAGAG